UCUCUCUAUCUCUCUCUCUCUCUUCGAUUUACGCUUUUUUUUUCCUACUUCUCUUUAAUACCACCACCUUCAACUUUUUCCGAUUCCUUUUCUCUCUCAUCUAUUGUCCCUCUUUUCCUCUUCGCAAACAAUGUGGGUUAUAUACUAAAUUUUCUGUUAUUAUUUUCCAACUAAAAAAUAUAUGUAUUUCUUUUUAUUAAUAUAUAAGAAAUAGGAAAUAUAGAGUCUCCUAUUUUUUAUAUAUAUAAUAAUAGAGUUAGGGUGAGCCUUGAUCUUUUUAUCCAUUAUUAUAAUUGUUCCAUUGUUGUAUUGUAACAAUUGCUCAAUGUCAUCAACGGUGGAAUUGAUGUCCCUCAGAUUAGUCGGUUAUUGGACCGGAUACCAGAUAUCGAGGAAAAUAAUUGCUCAAUGCCAUCAAAGUGGUUUUCUAGUUGACCCUGCAAUGUGUGGUGUGCUGAAUAUCCAAGACAAGCAAAGACUUGUCCAUGAGGUUGCUCGUCAAUCCAAAGAUGCCCCAAAUAUACUUCAAGCAUUUACUCGCCGGGAACUCCUAGAAUUAAUCUGUGCUGAAUUAGGCAAAGAAAGGAAGUACACGGGAUAUACUAAGGAUCAGAUGAUAGAAUAUCUUCUGAAGUUAGUUUCUAAGAAAUCCAACCUGCACGUUGAACAAAAUGCUCUUGCUCAUUCUCCUGCCAAAAGUUCCAUAGGAUCUAAACGGAAAAAGGGACCUCCGUCUUCUGAUUUACAUAAUGUUCAAUUACAGAACACUAAUGAGGAUACAAUGAAGACCUUAGUGUGUCAGAAUGUUGCAUGCAAAGCUACGCUGAAUCCAGAACAUUCGUUUUGUAAGAGAUGUUCUUGUUGUAUAUGUCGUUGUUACGAUGAUAACAAGGAUCCUAGUUUGUGGUUGACCUGCACCUCUGAUAAUCCCAAUGAAGGGUCAUGUGGAAUGUCAUGCCAUUUGCAAUGUGCUUUGAGUAAUCAAAUGUCUUGCAUUUUGAAGGGAAGUUGCGGUAAAACCUUGGACGGAAGCUUCUAUUGUGUUUCUUGUCGAAAAAUUAAUGACUUAAUGACGACGUGGAGAAAGCAAUUAUUGGUUGCCAAAGAAGCAAGAAGAGUUGACAUACUCUCUUUGCGAAUAUCCUUGGCCCACAGAAUUCUCAUAGGAACAAAAGUCUACAAGGAAGUGCAGAAGAUUGUAGAAACUGCUCUCAAAUUACUGGAGAAUGAAGUGGGACCUCUGGAUCAUGUAUAUGCUAGGAUGACGCGUGGAAUUGUUAGCAGACUCUCAUGUGGUGCUGAGGUUCAGAAGUUGUGUUCUACUGCAAUUGAAUGUUUUGAUUUGAAGUUUUCUGAACACUUUUCUAGUUCUGCAGAAAAGAAAGAAGCACCAACAUGCUCUUUACAUUUUGAAGAGUGUCUUCCUACCUCAGUGGUCAUUGUGCUUGAAUACAAAGACAAACUUUUAAAGAACUUUCUAGGCUGCAGGCUUUGGCACGGAAAAUCAACAACGGACUAUCCAGAACAACCCACUUUCAUUGUUUUGAGGCCCGAGAAAAGAUUCAAGUUAGAAAACCUCACACCUUCAACCGAGUACUCUUGCAAAGCUUCUAUUUUCAGCAGCACAGGGAUUUUGGGUGCAGCAGAAGCUAAAUGGGUGACGCCUUGUCAACCACCUUCAAAAAUUAUUCGACAUAUUGCAACCCAUUCAUCUUUUAACACAUGUACGCAAAACCAUUCAACUAUCAGGGAAAGGUUUGAAGAGUUCCUCACCAAGUCCCCAACGAUAGAACCUUUUUCAUAUAAAAGUUUUGCAGCAGCUCCACCUGCCACACCUUCUAAAUCCAAUGAAAUGAGACAACUUACUGGUUUGAAUUCUAGAAAGCGCGUGAAAGAAAAUGAUUACGAGUAUUCUGUGAGGGUAGUCAAAUGGUUAGAGCAUCAAGGGCACAUAGACGAAAUCUUCAGAGUGAAGUUUCUAACAUGGUUCAGUCUCAAGGCUAAUCAGCAAGAGAGAAGGGUGGUUAGUGCUUUUAUCGAUGCAUUGAUUGAUGACCCUGCAAGCUUAGCAGACCAGCUAAUACACACUUUCACCGACGAAAUUUGUUGCGACCAAAAAUCUUAGGGGAUCUUCAUUAAAUAUUUUGUUCUUGGUUUGAGUCCACUGAACCUAAAUGGCACUGCAUAUUUUCAUUUUUUGAUGAUAAUUGGCAUUGGAUAUUUAAAGUUAUUUUCACUUUGUAGGAAUUGUAGGGUCAGUACAUGGAUCAGAUUUUUCAAUUGUUCCUCUGACUAGUGAUGGGGUGGACUAGUUUAUGGUCUUUUAAAGAAAUCUUAGCAACAUGCAUUCUAACACUUUUUAUGGCAUUCUUUAUUAUUAGAUAGAAAUCAUGUAUCAUGUAUGGUCUUUUAAAUAUGAAGUUUGUUCCACUAA